CGUGUAAGUAUUAUGAGAUUCUUUUUCUAUUCUCGUUGACAUAGUGCGGCGUGGUUUUGCGAGUCAACGACAUGAAGCUCAACAAGCUCGUGACCUCUUCGAGGAGGAAAAACAGGAAGAGGCACUUCACAGCACCUUCGCACAUUCGGAGACGGCUCAUGUCCGCGCCGCUGUCCAAGGAACUCAGGCAAAAGUACAACGUCCGUUCCAUGCCCAUUCGCAAGGAUGACGAAGUUCAGGUCGUAAGGGGCCACUACAAAGGACAACAGAUAGGCAAAGUUAUUCAAGUUUACAGGAAAAAGUUUGUCAUUUACAUUGAAAGGAUCCAGCGUGAAAAGAUGAACGGUGCUAGUGUUUACGUAGGAAUUGACCCCUCCAAGACUGUUAUUGUUAAGCUAAAAAUGGACAAAGACCGCAAAAAGAUUAUCGACCGAAGGAGCAAGGGACGUUUGGCUGCACUUGGCAAGGAUAAGGGUAAAUACACCGAAGAAAGUGCUGCUCCAAUGGAGACCGCGUAAUCGUUACAAACAGAUUGCUUUAUUGUAUUACUUUAAAAUAAAGUUUCGAAUGUCGAUUCGAAA